GGGCGUCGGUCAAAGACCCCAUGCUUACUUCCUGGCGGCACAGAAUGUGGCGGUACAUAUUGUUCGUUUGAUAAACACGGUCACCGUCGUCUCUUCACAUUGGGUGCGGCUUUCCAAUGUUCCCGGUCCGCCUUCCGGUCGAUUGCAACCCCGAUACCACCAUGUCGGACGUUACGACACUUUACUUGCAUGAUUCCACGCUCCUCCUGGUGCCUCACCGACAAUCAUCGCCCACGGAUGUGUCUCGUACCAGCACCAGCUCGCGAGAUCGGUACGGGGAGCCACGGGAAGCAACACACCACGACGCUUUAGUGUACGUAUUGUACACCCAACGGUGGAGUGUAUUGGCAUCCUUUGGUGUACUGAGUAUGAGUUCGGCGUGGCUCUGGAUCACCUGGUCGCCGAUUGCACCGUUGGUUGCCGACAUGUGGGAUGUACCCCUAGGCCAGGUCGACCAACUUUCCGGCAUCUACCUCUACGUAUACGUGCUGGGAUCGAUUGUGGCACUAUAUCUCGUUGUCAACUACAUUGGUCUCUACCGGGGACUCUUGAUUGGCGGCGUGUGCAACGCGACGGGAGCCUAUCUGCGGUACGCCUACAUGCACGAUUACACGACCGUGUACUGGGCGACAUUGCUAUGCGCAGUGGCCCAGACUUUUACCUUGGCCACUCCGCCUUCCAUUGCCGGUACGUGGUUUGGUGAUACGGAACGGGCGACGGCUACGGCCUUGGGCGUGCUCGCCAAUCAGUUUGGCACGGCUCUCGGACUGGGAGCGACCAUUGUGAUCCCAUUCGAGCUUGUCACGCAUCAAGGUAAUGUUGCGAUUGAUACCGUCGUCUUGAAAAAAUAUCUUUGGCUACAAGUGGGAGUUGCCGUACUUGCCCUGCUACUGGUGGCUCUUUUGGGUGCCGACGCGCCUCCCACACCCCCGAGCAAGUCGGCAUCCUUAAGCCGUAGAUGUAAUAAUGUCGUUGCAACAAAGAAUAUCCGGCUCCAGGAGAACUCCAAUGUGGUCAACGACACGGCACCGUUGGUCGAGGCUACGGAAGCGGACGACCACAAGGGCGCCCCAAUUGGUCUCAGCUACGGAGCUUCAGUCCGAAGUCUUUUUGCCAAUCGUAAUCGGAUAGCUUGCACAAUCUCCUUUGGCAUGGCUGUGGGCGUCUUUUACACAAUACCAACCUUUCUGGGACAACUACUCCCGCGGUCCUGGUCGCGCAAAGCCGUCGGAUGGUUGGGCUUUUCCUACCAGGCAGCUGGUACGGUAGGCUCCUUUGGAUCGGGGCGUUUGGUAGACUGGACCCAACAACCGCAGUUGAUUUCCUUGGCAUUUUUGACGACCGCGGCCUUUUGCAUCAUCCUCUUGACUGCGGUCAUGUCACAGACGGCACCCGCGUGGCCAAUAUCAGUCGCUUUCACGGUAGGUGUGGUGGGAUCCGGAUUUUCGCUAGCGGCCUGGAACACGGUCGGACUGGAGCUGGGGAGUAGUUUGACCUUUCCCGCGGACGAAGCCGUAGUGGCAGGAAUCUUGGAAAGCGGCGCCGAGCUGUUUGGGUUUCUGUGGGUGACAAUUGGAGGCUACAGUAUCGAAGUGGCCCCCACUAUGUUUUUGAUGCUCCUCGGUAGUGCUGUUGUUGCCGCUUUGAUCUUGUUGGGUUCAGCUCGGAUGGAAACAGCUCGGCCACAAUGA